UGGCUGGUUGUCACUACAGCCAGUCGAUUUGACGUUUACAUACUGGAUAACGUCACAUCACAUGCAAAGAAAUUUUAAUUCAUAAAGCAUAAUUUUGCGCAAUAAUUUACAUUAGGAAGAGGUUAAAGUAAAGAAAAACAAGAAAAAACGUGAAUUGUUAUUGUUGUGUACCACACACCGAGAAAAGCAAGCAGCGAAUUUGGUCGUUUAGCGCAAAAGUAAGCAAGGCGAAAUUCAACCAACCCCCACAUAUUCUGUGAAGAUAUUAAGUAGCAGUCAACCAACAUUAAAAUGUUGAUAAAUAAUACAGAAGCUUUAAAAAGCUGGCUGGUAGUCAUACUGGAGCCAUUAUGUGAUGCUGAUUCUUCCGCCUUGGCACGUUAUGUCUUAGCUCUACUUAAAAAGGACAAACCCGAAAAAGAGCUCAAGCGUGUGAUGAUAGAACAAUUGGAUGUGUUCUUGACUGAAGAAACGAAACCAUUUGUGGAGCGUCUAUUUGAGGCCAUAAAUAGUGAGGAAUAUUUAAAAACUCCCCCGCCAACUGCCAAUCCAAAGUCAACAACCGACAAUGAGGACGAGGAGACCUCCAUUGCUGUGGAGGGAACAUUAAGUAAAUCUGCUGCCAGCGAUGCUUCAACAUUGCCGACGUCAUCAUCAUCAAAUGUGAUAAAUCAAAAUGAUAGCGACACAAUCACUAGUGUUACCGCCAAAUUAGAUGAUACUGUUACCCCCAGUGGUUCGUAUGCUGCUGAUAGGAUUAAUACACCACCAAUUGAAGAUAGCAAAACCAAAGAUACCCACAGCAAUAUUGUGACAGAGCGUACCUCAGCACCAUCAACAUCGCACCAUCAUCAAUCAGGUUCCGUGUCAUCAUCUCAUCACCAUCAUAAUGCAUCGUCAAAUCGCAAUGACACACAUUCAUAUGGUGGGGGUGGCGGUGGAGGUGGCGGCGCAGUACAUUUCAAUAACGAUCGUCACCAUCAUCGAAGUGCCAGUCCUCCUGCUGCCCGUACAAAUCCUGCUGAUAAGGAAAACCAACCGCGUGAAAGUCGCAGAAGACGUGCUUCUUUACGUUCCCGUUCAAGGUCACGAUCCCGUUCCAGGUCCAAUGAACGUUUGUCGAGACGUUCACGUUCUCGCGAUCGUCGCAUCAACGAACGUGAAAAGGCCCAGCGUCAAUUUCGUAAUAAAUCACCCCCAAUUGGUGGUGGUGGUGAUACUCGUCAUGAUCGUAGACGUGGUAUAGGUGGCGGUGGUGGUGACAGACGUCGAAUGAUGUCGAAUAAUAUGGGCGGUGGCAACGGGGGUGGCGGUACUGAUGAUCGUUCUCCAAGAUUUGGCGGUAAUGAUCGCAGAGGUAGUGGUGGAAUGUCUGUUGGACGUUCUGCAAAUCAUUCGUCCAAUUCCCCACGUAGUCGUUCGCCUUCGCUGGAACGAGGCGGAAGAAGUGGAAAACAGUCUCCUCCUUCACUUGCUCGUUCUCAAAACCGUGGUGGCGGAGCCAACGCGGGCGGAACCACAUCUCCUGAACGUCAUCACCAUGACAAUGAAAAGAGACAAAGAUGCCGUGAUUUUGAUGAGAAAGGUUAUUGUGUGCGGGGUGAAACUUGUCCCUGGGAUCAUGGUGUUAAUCCCGUUGUAUUUGAAGGCUUAAAUAAUUCUGCGCUCAUAAGUAUGUCAUUGCGUGAAUAUAAUCCCGAUGCCCCUGACCUGUGGUCUCGUUCAGCACCAGCCGCUGGACCAAUCGUGGGAGGCGCCGCACCAGGAGCUAUGAUGACCGGCACUGGAGCUGCUGGUAUUAAUCCAUUUACAGGUUCUGCACGCCCUGGUGCUGUUAUCAUGGGUGGCCCAACUGGACCUGUUGGUUUUCCCCAUGUUCCUGGAACAGACAAGAGCAGUAAUGGUGCUGGAUCAUUAGCAGCCGCCGAUUAUGCUCGCACUGCAGCUGCCGCCGCUGCUGGAGCCGGUUUCCGUGCAGCAGCGCCAAUGAUGCCGUUCCCCUUCAACCCUGCAGCUGUGGCAACGCCACUACAACGCGAAUUAAUACCCAUACCCGUUGUGGAUGCUAGCGGUGGAACACCUGCAGCCGGUGGUGAUGUGAGUGCAGCAUUGCAGGCACAAAGUAAACGACGCUUUGAACUGGAAGAUUCUGUUGCCAUAGCUGACGGCCCAACAAAACGUAAAAUUCCGGCGCAUAGUCGUCUGGGACCACGAGUGCCUAGCCUACAAAAUUGCUCGCUGGAGUUGCGUAAAGUGCCACGUGGUCUCAACACCAUUGCUCAUCUUAACAAUCAUUUUGCCAAAUUUGGUAAAAUUGUCAAUAUACAAAUAUCCUACGAUGGAGAUCCAGAAGCAGCUAUUAUAACGUUUUCCACCCACGCUGAAGCAAAUGUGGCAUACCGCAGCACAGAAGCUGUCCUCAACAAUAGAUUUAUCAAAGUAUUUUGGCAUACUCCCGAUCCUAAUGCAGCUGGUGCUGAUGUUAACACAAUGGUGUCCCAACCACCCGGUCUUCGUAAAAAUAGUCAAUAUCAUUUGAACAAUAUUCCCGCAGUACCCACUCCAGCCGCCGAUUCUGCCAAAACUGCAAACACUAGUCAAUCGCAGACCGGAACCAACAAUACCAGUACAACAAGCACAACUGCAGGAGGACAGCAGGAUACAACGAACACCACAAAUGCAGCUACUGCUACACCUACAACUCCAGUUACCGCCACGCACGUUCCGCCGCCAUCAUUGCGGCUGAAAAACAAUAUACCGCCAAGAACACCGGGCGCUGUGGUCAACAAUGCCAUGUUCCGUAAAAAACAGGAGGAACAGGUAAAAGCAGUGGCCCAACUGGCCAAUGGAUUGCGGAAACGUAAACAGGAGCUCUUGCAAAGUUAUGUAAAACAAAUGAAAUCGGCCUUGGAAUUGGUGGAGCGUUGUGAACCCUCAGAUCCACAGAGAGCCAAGACUUUGGAGACCAUUAAAGUGCUACAGGAGACCAUUGAUAAGUUACGUAAAGAGAUUGCCGCCGAACAGGAACAAAUACAGGCACAAAUACAAAACCAACAACCGCCAACUCCCAUUAAAAAGUCAAAAGAACAACAGAAGAAAGAAUUGCUGGACAUAGAGUUGGAAUUGUUCGCCCAACAGCAGGAGGGUAAUGAUACAACAGCUAUUCAAAAGCGGCUGGAGGAAUUGCAACGGAGUAUUGGUAUUGUGCCAGGGUCAGCAUCGAAUGUGGCCGUGGGUGGAUCGCCAGGAAUUGGCAAGUCACCUCACUAUAUAUCGGGUGGUAGGCCAAUUCCAAGAGGUAGGCCCAGCUAUCCCGAGGGCUCCACACGCGUUGAUCGUCGUCCCAAAACCAUUAUCGUUACGGGAUUUGCCAGUGAAGAAGCUGAUUUUGUGCUGGGCCACUUUAAGCAUUUUGGUGAGAUUACUAAACAUGACAUGGACCUGGAAAAGCCACAACUGAUAUUGUCCUAUGCCACGCGGAUUAAUGCCGAACAAGCUGUGCUGCGUGGAAAAAUCUUUAAGGAUACACGUCUGCAAAUUGCCUGGGCUCCCGUUGUAAACACUCCCUCGAUAGCCCCGACGGCUGGCAAUAAAACGGUGUCCACACCCAAUGCUGGCGACAAUAAAACAAGCAGCACCGAUGCCAAUAAGAACCAGCCCCAAGAGGCCAGCACUGCUAUUUCCUCACCAAAUCCCAGCCAAACAAACAGUGAAACAGAUGCUAACAACACUGACACAUUGCCCGAACUGAGACUCGAAGAUGAGGAGGAAGACGAGGAAUCCGAAGAUCGCUCAUGGCGUCGUUGAUUUUCAGCAGCACACACUCAACCUUCAAAAAAUGCCAUACCAACCGUAAUCAGAGUCUGAAAUGUAGAGUCUAGAAUCCUUAAAAAAAAAACGUUAACUUCUUAAAGGAUAGCGAGACAGGACUUCUUUCCGUCGUUGUUAGAGAUUGUCACGCAACAAUACGCGGUGCAUCGUAAUUAAGGGCGUAAGGGUAGAAUGUGGAAGUUGAAUCAUAAUUGUUGUUAUUAAAUAGCACAUAACUUUUGUAGUCGAAUAAGAAAUUUUUUGUAUACUAGAUGAUGAUGAUGAAGAUGAUGAUGAUUAUUAUGAAAAUAAGAAUGUGAAUUAUCCUAAUUUUAUUCUAAGCUUAAAGAGGGCUUACAAUUUAAGAAAAUAUGAAACAAAGUUUUUGUUUCUCCCCAACCAGAAUUCAAACCAAAUCUUAAACGAGAACAAAUGAUUUGGAAAUCAUACAUUAUUGUUUACAGAUUUUACAAAUACACACACAUCCUCAAUUCUUUCUUUGAAUAUAUGUAAACGCAUCAUGAAAUGAUAAUCAAUGGUUAAUUUGUAAACUUAAAUUUCCUUCAUAUGAAUAUGCUAGGCUUAAAUGUUUUAAAUUGUUUUAAUUUUUUUCUUGAAUAUUUAUCUAUAUUUACCUUUAACGUAUACAAUCUAUUUGUAUUCUCUUUAUCUAUGUUCAUUACGGCUUUCUUCAUAUUGUCAAAUCCUUUUCUUUUUUUAAUUUCCCCUAAAACAAGUUGUUUAGUUAAACGUUUUUAUGUUGAAUUAUUUUACACAUUUUUAUAUUAAUUGAAUAUAAUAAUAAUAAUAAUAAUAGUAAUGAUAGAAUACUACACCUACAUUAUACUAAUAAUAAUAAAACACAGACUUAUUGAAAAUGAAGUGAUUUUUUCAAAAAAAGAAAAUUCAAACAAAAAAAGAGUAAAAUGUGAAAAAAAACCAAGAAAAAUUAUUCUACCAAAAGCAAGCAAGCAAGCAACCAACAAAAGAGAAAUAUAUAUGAAGAAGAAGAGAAAAAAAAAUAAUAUCACUAAUUUUUGAGGAGAAUAAGAGAAAAAUAAAUGAAACUAUAUAGAAUAUUAUUUGCUAUUUCUCAUAUA